UAUAAUUACCGCUCGUACCUCUGCUUCCUGAGACGCCAGAAUUACCGAGUUUAAAGUUGAUACUCGCAAUAUUUUCUGACAUUGUGUUAUAUAUACCCUCACAUACCUCUUAAUUACUGCCAUCUUCGUCGGAGGCUGUGUGUGAGAGAAGAGGAGAGAGGUUCUUUGAGAUCUGGAACCAACAUGGAACAUCAUCAGGGCCAGUAAGUCUCUGGAUGGUUGUCUUCGAUUCUUCUUCUUCAUGGUGUCCUCUCCUGUGGACAAUUUACUGUUAAUGGCGUGCAUGGAAACGAAGGUUUCUGAAAUAAGGGACCAGAGGUUGGUUUCUUUUGUUGGAGGGAAGUUUUGAUUGAAGCGUGGAAUCGAUCAAGGUUCCUCCUCCUUUGCGGCGCUCAAAAAGCAUUUACUGAGAGAAUCGCAGAGCCUAGAAGACUUUAAUUCCCUCACCAAAAACAGGAAAGAACGCUGCUAGCACUGUUUGAUCUCCUAGUCUCUUCCGGUAAUCACCAAGUAUCCAUUUUAAGAACUAAUCAUUAAUGAGGGAAGUUGAGAAGAGGUUGGAUCCGCAACUCUGGCACGCUUGCGCCGGAGGUAUGGUUCAAAUGCCUCCGGUGAACUCCAAAGUUUUUUACUUUCCCCAAGGCCACGCCGAGCACGCUCAGGCCAACCUUAAUUUUCCCCCUUCCUUAAGGAUUCCGCCGCUUAUUCUUUGUCAUGUGGUAUCGGUGAAAUUCUUGGCCGACCCAGAAACUGAUGAAGUUUUUGCUAAGAUAAGGUUGGUUCCUGUGAGAAAUUCCGAGCUCGAUUACGACGACGACGGUGUUACGGAUGGUAAGGGAUCGGAGAAUUCAGAAAAACCAGCAUCUUUUGCGAAAACAUUAACCCAAUCUGAUGCGAACAAUGGUGGGGGCUUCUCUGUUCCAAGGUAUUGCGCAGAAACCAUCUUCCCACGGCUGGAUUACUCUGCCGAGCCACCCGUCCAAACUGUGGCUGCCAAGGACGUUCAUGGCGAAACUUGGAAUUUCAGACAUAUAUACAGGGGAACACCUCGUCGGCACUUACUAACCACUGGGUGGAGCACUUUCGUGAACCAAAAGAAACUUGUUGCUGGGGAUUCUAUUGUUUUUUUGAGGGCUGAAAACGGCGAACUCUGUGUCGGAAUUCGCCGAGCAAAACGCGGUGGUUUUGGCAGCCGGAUGCAAACCCCAUCCGCUGGCUGGCGUGGUAGUGCCGGAAGUGGUGUGGGCCCUUGUGGGGGCUUCUCUUAUUUCUUGAGGGAGGAGAACAAAUUACUGCCUAAUGCUUGUGGGAAUUCAAGCCCUGGAAGAGCAAACGUGAGGCCUGAAUCUGUGAUGGAGGCUAUGACACUGGCCGCUAGUGGUCAGGCAUUUGAAGUAGUUUAUUAUCCUCGAGCUAGUACUCCAGAGUUUUGUGUUAAAGCUGCAUCUGUGAGAGCUGCAAUGAGAACCCAAUGGUGCUGUAGCAUGAGGUUCAAGAUGGCCUUUGAGACCGAGGAUUCUUCUAGAAUCAGCUGGUUCAUGGGGACCAUUGCUUCUGUUCAGGUUGUCGAUCCCGUGCGUUGGCCCAACUCCCCCUGGCGACUUCUUCAGGUUACUUGGGAUGAACCAGGUCUGCUGCAGAAUGUGAAGCGCGUUAGCCCAUGGUUAGUAGAAUUGGUAUCAAACAUGCCAGUCAUUCAUUUCACACCUUUUUCUGCGCCAAGGAAGAAGCUGCGGCUUCCACAACACUCGGACUUCCCCUUUGAUGGUCAAUUUCAAAUACCGACAUUUUCAGGCAACCCCCUUGGGCCUAGCAGCCCCUCGUGUUGUCUAUCUGAUAAUGCUCCUGCAGGCAUACAGGGAGCCAGGCAUGCUCAAUUUGGAAUAUCUUUUUCAGAUCUCCACCUUAACAAUAAAGUGCAGUUGGGGUUGCUUCCAACUAACAUCCAGCAGCUUGAUAUACAUCCUGGAAUGUCCAAUGGCAAGAUGGCAAACAAUGGCGGGAACAAUGAAAGCUUGUCUUGCUUGCUAACCGUGGGAAAUUCUUGUAAGAGUUUAGAGAAAUCUGAUAAUGUGAAGAGACACCGGUUUUUGCUUUUUGGUCAACCAAUACUCACUGAGCAACAAAUUUCUCGAAGCUGUUCUAGUGAUAAGUUGUCUCAGAGUGUUACUGAAAAAGAUUUGCCAGCCGAAAACAGAGACAAGACAAGGUGCAAAUUGGGUGAUUCGCAAGCUGGUCUUUCUCCGCAGUUUUCACCUGGGAAAUCUUCUAAUGUUGAGUAUUCUUGGCAACUAGGCUUGGAUAAUGGUCAUUGCAAGGUUUUCAUGGAAUCUGAAGAUGUGGGACGGACCCUUGACCUGUCGUGUCUUGGUUCUUAUGAAGAGCUGUACAGAAGACUGGCCAACAUGUUUGGAAUUGAAAGAUCUACAAUGUUGCGCCAUGUACUCUACUAUGAUGCAUCGGGUGCUGUUAAGCAAACUGGAUUAGAACCCUUCAGUGACUUCAUGAAAACGGCAAAAAGAUUGACAAUUCUGACCAAUUCAGCCAGCAAAGAGUUUUAAGAAUAUUAACAUGGAAUAGAUGCAUCAAAUGGAAUCGAAGAGGCACUCUUAGCGUUUGUGCUUAACGUGGCGUGGCAUGAGAUGUGAGAAGAAAUUGAAGGGCAUAAAUUUGGAAGCGGCUGAAUAUGAACUGAAUAUCUUAUCAACGUUGGCAUCUUCGUUUUCUUCUUAAAGUCCACAUGUCCCAACAAAUAAUGAUCCCAUCUCAUGUAAACUAUUGUUUCCAAUAUUAUAACUGUUAUCAUCAUCAUUAGCCAAGAUUUCGUUUCUGUGAA